ACCGAUGGGGAACGUAAUACGUAGCUUCCGGUUUCGGAAGUGACGUCACGUUGCAGUGGGUUGUAGGAAGUAGCGGUGUCAAAGCGGACAACGUGGUCGGUGGAGCGUCACGGUAUUUUUAGUCUAAUAGCUGUCAUUUGUGGCAGAAAUGGCGAGUAAACCGGAGCCGCUGAAACGGUACAUCUGCUCUGUGUCCGGCUGCGUGGCGGCCUACAACAAGCAGUGGAAACUGGACGCUCACCUCUGUAAACACACCGGAGUGAAGCCGCACACAUGUGAGCACGACGGCUGCGGGAAGUCCUUCUGCAGCACCUAUCACCUGACCCGGCAUGAGCUCACACACACAGGGUCAAAGCCCUUUCAAUGCACUGAGGACGACUGCAAGGAGGCCUUCACCACCAAUGCAAACCGAGCCAGACACAUGAGCAGAGUCCACACUCAGGGGCAUAAGAAGUAUGUGUGCAAAUAUGAAGGCUGUGGGCUGGAGUUCAAGAAGAAAGAGCAGCUCAAGUCCCACAUGUGUGAGCAGCACACCUUGUUACCCCCUUACAAGUGCACUCAUGAAGGCUGUGAGAUGAGGUUCACCGUGCCCAGUAAGCUGAAGCGACAUGAGAAGGUGCAUCAAGGUUACCCCUGCAAGGAGGAGGGCUGCAGCUUCACAGGGAAGACCUGGACAGAGUACCUGAAGCACAGGAAGGAGCAACACAGGCCCAUAUUCAAAUGUGAACAGUGCAACAAGGUGUUCAGGGACUCCUGGUUCCUGCAGCAGCAUCAGUAUGUGCACUCUGAGACACGGGUGGUCCUCAAAUGUCCCCGGGAUGACUGCGACAGAUCCUUCACUAAGAUCUUCAACCUGCAGAGCCACAUCAGCUCCUUCCACGAGGAGGAGAGACCCUUCACCUGUCCCCACGCAGGCUGCGGGAAAACCUUCGCCAUGAAGCAGAGCCUGCAGCGCCACAGCAUCGCCCACGACCCGCAGAGGAAGAAGAUCCAGAGGCAGCAAGCUAAGAGAUCCCUCGCCUCCAGGUUAAGCGGUUUGAGUGACACGAAGAGGGUGGUCUACAGGAAGCACAGGAAGCCUGCACAGAAUAAGACUGAUCCACCCGGUCCUGUGGAGCUGGUGUCUCUGCUGCAGGACACGUCCCUGCUGUGCAGCCCUGCUGUGGACACACAAGGACUCACUGAUGCCCUGGCGUCACCUCUGACUGUGUAGACUCAGAUACAGGGAGAGAAGUUAUUAUGCAUGAUCAUUGGACCUGGUUGUUGGAGUGUUUGUGCACAGGAGUUGCGUAUCUUGGACACGGUUAUGUAUGCUAUGUCCUAUAUAUAUAAUAUGUUGCAUUGUUGGAGGAGCUCGGGACUUAGUUUCCAUUGCCAUAACUACACUGUAGCCGCUGUGCACAUGACAAUAAAACCCUUAAAUCUUGAAUCUUGAGAAUCUAAAAAAAACAAAGGAAAUGUUUAUGUAAUUUAUAUCUCAGAAAAUAUUUUGUCUAUUGCUUGUUAAAUACCAGUCACAAUUAUGUAUUAGAACGUGUCAGAAAUGAUGACUUACUUUGCACAAAGACAAGGUUUGUUUGAAUAAAACCUGCUGAGUGUAUGUUGAGUGUGUGUAGUAUUUUAAAAUAAGGAAGGGCUUAAUGCGGAAUCCUGUCUGAGAGCCUGUUGUAAGGGUUGCGGGGAGAAAUACAUAUUUUAACUUAUGUUCUGGUUGUUAAUCCAUCAAAAUGUGGCUAUUUAAAAGUGAUAGUGUAACCUGACAUGUGAUUAUGUGAGCGGGUAUGUGAUUACCCGCUCUACCUCCUGACGUCCGACAGGCCACAUGUUUAAAAAUGUUCGAUAAUGACCUUUUAUUGAUUAGGAUGAUAGUAAAAAACAAUCUGAACAUACCGUAUCUGUGAGUUACAUUAUACUGUGAUCACAUUUUUGACACUCAAAAGGAAUCCCCGUGUGUGAAACAUCCUGUGCUGUAGUGUCAUUACUACACUAAAAUGUAAAACUUUAUACACAGUACCAUUUUCCAGCUUUUUUUAUUCGUCAUUUCUCUCAGUUUUUCUCCUAUGAAACUUAUUUAAGCUGCAAAUAUUAAGCUUUUUGUUUUCUUGGUUUCGGCUACACCCCUUGAAUCUUUUCUGGAAUAGUUGGACCACACAGUAAACAAUUGUGUAUCAAUUACUCACCCUGUGAAACCAGGAAUUCUGGAAGAAAUGUGACAUUUAACUUGAAUUGGUUAUGUUUAUAUAAAUGUUUGUACUCCUUUUACAGUUUAUUGAAAGUGUCUCACCUAAUACUUAUGCCUAUAGGAAUAUCUUUGGUUAAUGUUUGUAUUCCACGUUAUUGUUUUAACGUCUUAUCGUUAUAUAAAUAUGUUAAUUCUAUUUUUAUUUCAUUGUAAAAUUAAUAAAACCCAAUAUCGCCCAGGAUAAAAAAAGGUUUCUAAUUCCAAAAACAAACAAAAUAAAU